AUGUGUUUCCGUGCACAAGUUAAGAUACCGUCCGUGGGGAGUUAUCAUCAUCAUACAUUCCAUUGCAGCAGAGCAGAGCAACCAGGGUCCAACUCCGAGGCAGCGCCUUUGAUGGUGUUGGUGUUGGUCCUUACAGGUAUGGUGAAACAAGGUCAGUUCACUGCUUGUCACAGCACAUUCUUGUCGGCACUGGUGCAGUUAAUACCGUGCAGAGCAGCGGUCACUCCCUUUAGCCGCAUCCCGCCGAGCGAUACCUGCUGCAACGCGAUCAAAGCUCUGGGUCAACCUUGUCUGUGUGUUCUUGUCAAUGGUCCUCCCAUAACUGGUGUGGAUCGGAACAUGGCACGCCAGCUGCCUCAGAAGUGUUCGGCCAACUUCGAACCAUGUGAUGCAAUGAAGUAG